CGAAUGCGAGACUCAUCUCAAGAGUGAACUCAACGACCAGUCAGUCCGCACUCACUCUUCGGUCUUCUUAUGGAUUAAAAUAUCAUUUAAUAUGAAUUCUUAUCAAUCGGUUCAUCCAUUCGUUGAUAUAUCCAAAACGAUGGACAGACAGCACAUUGACUGCAAACAAGUGAAUGUGUUUGUGGUGAUCAAGUCUUGGGAUAUGUAAUUCUGGUUCUGUUUGAUAGUGUCAUCCAUUGCAAGAGUGCCAUCCGUUAUGAACGGAUUUGAAACCACUGAACACAACAACAACAAUAGCGGCCAAACACUUCUCAUCUCUUCCAAACGGCCCGACAGUCUCAACACAUUUGAGCCGAACGGAGGUCAGGCCUCAACUCACGUCACCUCAUCUUCAGGUAAUUCAUCGGCGGCUGAAAGGAUGAGAUCGGGUUCAGGAGAACUGCAACUACACAGCGGUAUCAGUAGUACUACUCCUCUAUGGACUUCCUCUGCAAAUAACUAUGACUUUGAUUCCUAUCCAAACCAACACAACGGAACGGCCGCCUCGUCCUCCUCGUCCUCGUGUUGUAUGAGUGUCGGCGCCACUAAUAACAGUCACACUCAUCACCCGCCGCCUCCCACUCCAACCACAGCAUACUACUAUGGAAGCACUACACCCGACGCCUCCACUACUCGGCCCUGUAAGCCGGCGCCCACCAAAUUCUGGUCAAAUUCAUAUGACUCAGCCGUCAACGGGCCGUCGCCUCAGAUGCCCAGCGACUCAAUAGUGGCGGCGGCCGUCUGUCACGGCAGUGCUUUCGCUGCGGCCGCCGCACACCACGCGGCGGCCAAUCACGUGGCCGCCGCGGCAUCUGCCUGGUGCAAUUACUCGCCAUAUCAUCAAACACCCAGACCUGACCCAUACCUUACCGGUGAAACCGAUCACAGGUCUGCUUUCGUAGACUCAUACCAUUCAGCCAUAAGAAACUUCCCGACCGUUGCCACAGACCAGGCCUGCAGUGGUUCAGCAGUUGGCGCCUGGAAUCAGACAUCGGCUGGCGCUCCACCGCCAACAACACCGACAGGUGACGCGUUGGCGGCAGCGGUGCACCACCACCACCAUCACCACCACCCGCAUGCAGCCCAUGCGGCUGUGCUCCACCAUCACGCGGCCCUAUUGGCCACCAAUGCCGCGGCCGCCGCUCAGUUGGAGUGGACGGGCGCUCCGAACAACAACUCCGGACAUCACGUGUCGGUGCGAAAGAAGCGGAAGCCGUACUCCAAAUUCCAAACACUGGAACUCGAGAAGGAGUUCCUAUUCAACGCCUAUGUGUCGAAACAGAAGCGCUGGGAGUUGGCCCGCAAUCUCAAUCUAACCGAAAGACAGGUUAAGAUAUGGUUUCAAAACAGACGAAUGAAAAGUAAAAAAACUUCUCAAAGAAAUUCCGAUCGAAACAAAUGAAUUAUAAAUUCAAUGACUUAUUUGUCUGUCUCUCAACCCUUUGAAGACUAAC